CCAAGCAGAGUGUCUUUAAGACCCAGCGGAGCUCGGCAGGGAAACCCCGCGGCUUUAGUUGUUUCUACUCUCCAGAGUGUCAGCUAGUUAUUUGUGAGGAGGCGCUGUAGCCAUUUCGCCACAUGAAAGCCCGAUGAGCUGAACGACCAACAUCCGAGUUGCUCGUGGAGAAGAGAAAUCAGCUUUGAGGAGCUCCUCCGCGCGCACACAGACGUGUACGAACUCGCGCGCAAAGACGCACGGCGCACACACACACACACGCACACUUCCUCCUCCUCCGCCGUGGAAAAAAGAGAGAGAGAGAGGAACAGAGAGGGGCACACGGAACGCAAACUUCCAACUCUCCCAUGUGGAAAGCAGAGGUUUGAGGAUACGGUAUAUUUUUCCUCUUCGGGGCUCCGUUCCUCCCCCCCUCUCUCCCUCUCUUUCUCCCUCUCUCUCUGUGUGUUUCUGCCCGGAUAGUUGGGUUUCUAUGAGAGUCUUGCUCGGCGAGAAGAGAAGUUUGGUUGUUUGCCUGGUCGGCUGAGGAGGAGGAGGAGGAGGAGAAGAGUCGGGUUAAAAGUGGGGGAAGAUGGUCCGCAACGCCGCUUGGAGAAGAAGCUUGCUGUGCGUCCUGGCGCUCAGUCUCGGCUUUGCGUCCCCGCCGUGCAAUGCUCGGAUUUACACCAACCACUGGGCAGUCAGGAUAGCCGGGGGACCCGAGGUGGCCGAGCGGAUAGCGGAAAAAUAUGGCUAUAGGAACAUGGGACAGAUUGGGGAUCUGAAAGACCAUUAUCAUUUCUUCCAUAGUCGGACCAUCAAAAGGUCGACUUUGUCCAGCCGUGGUCGCCAUAGUUUCAUCUCCAUGGAGCCCAAGGUGGAGUGGAUACAGCAGCAGGUGGUGAAGAGGAGGAUCAAGAGGGAUUACAAGCAAGCCCCGCCCAUUUCUCUAUCAAGCCCCGCCCACAGCAGCCCGGCCCAGAACAACAUAUUCUAUAACGACGCCAAGUGGAGCAGUAUGUGGUACAUUCACUGUAACGACGACGUCCAUAACUGCCAGUCAGACAUGAACAUCAUGGGGGCGUGGAAGAGAGGCUACACGGGUAAAGACGUGGUGGUGACCAUAUUAGAUGACGGCAUCGAGAGGAACCACCCAGACCUCUAUCAGAACUACGACUCUCAAGCCAGCUUUGAUGUCAAUGGCAACGACAUGGAUCCCAUGCCGCGAUAUGACGCAACCAAUGAGAACAAACACGGGACACGGUGUGCGGGUGAAGUUGCUGCAGCCGCAAACAACUCCCACUGCAUUGUGGGAAUUGCCUAUAAUGCCAGAAUAGGAGGCGUGCGCAUGCUGGACGGAGAUGUAACAGACAUGGUGGAGGCCAAAUCUCUGAGCCUCCAGCCACAGCACAUCGACAUCUACAGCGCCAGCUGGGGACCUGAUGACGACGGAAAGACUGUGGAUGGACCAGCGUCUCUGGCCAGGCAGGCCUUCGAGAAUGGCAUCCGCACGGGGAGGAAAGGACGUGGCUCCAUCUUCGUGUGGGCUUCAGGCAACGGCGGUCGCAGCAGAGACCACUGCUCCUGUGACGGCUACACCAACUCCAUCUACACCAUCUCCAUCUCCAGCACGGCCGAGAGUGGACGCAAGCCUUGGUACUUGGAGGAAUGCUCGUCCACGCUGACCACCACCUACAGCAGCGGGGAGAACUACGACCGAAAGAUUAUCACAACAGACCUAAGACAUCGGUGUACAGACAGUCACACGGGGACAUCAGCCUCGGCUCCCAUGGCUGCUGCCAUUAUUGCUCUGGCUCUGGAGGCAAAUCCUCUUCUGUCUUGGAGAGAUGUUCAGCACAUCAUUGUAAAGACCUCUAGAGCCGGACAUCUUAGUGCUCCUGACUGGAAGACCAAUGCUGCUGGUUACAACGUCAGCCACCUGUACGGCUUUGGCCUGAUGGACGCUGAGGCAAUGGUGAAGGAGGCGGAGCGAUGGAAGCAAGUCCCUGCUCAGCACGUCUGUGUGGAGAGCGCAGACCGACAGAUCAGAACUAUCCGUCCAGAGCAUGUGGUGCGGUCGGUGUACAAGGCGACCGGGUGCACUGACAACCCCAACCACCAUGUAAUCUACCUGGAGCAUGUGGUUGUACGUAUUACAAUCACACACCCUCGCCGUGGGGACCUGUCAAUCAACCUGACCUCACCCUCAGGGACCAAGUCUCAGCUGCUUGCCAACAGGUUGUUUGAUCACUCCAUGGAGGGUUUUAAGAACUGGGAAUUUAUGACCACCCACUGCUGGGGAGAGAAAGCAGCAGGCGACUGGGUCCUAGAGAUCUAUGACUCACCUUCUCAACUCCGCAGCCAGAAAGUACCUGGAAAGCUGAAGGAGUGGUCACUGGUGCUGUACGGCACAUCUGUGCACCCAUACUCGCCUCUGCGCAGCGAUAAGCCUCGCUCCACAGACAUGCUGACGCCCACCGACGAGGAGUUCACAGAGGAGUACAACGGCCCCUGCGACUCUGAAUGCAACGAGAAUGGCUGUGAAGGUCCCGGACCCCAUCACUGCAUUAACUGCCUCCACUACUUCCUCAAGUUCAAGAACAACACCAGGAUGUGUGUGUCCGAGUGUCCCAGUGGCUUUUUCCGUGAUGAUAGGAAACGUUGCAAGAAGUGCUCCUCGUUGUGCGAGACCUGUGUCGGUAGCCGUAGCGACCAGUGCACUACAUGCAGGGCUGGCUUCCACCUCAAUGAGGGCUCUAACACAUGUGUCGCCACCUGUGUCGACAGCUUCUACCUCGACCAAGAUUCCAACAUUUGCAGGAGAUGUCCAGAGAACUGUAAGAAAUGCACCGCCUCCAAUAUCUGCACAGAAUGUAAACCUGGGAUGAGUCUUCAAGGAAGCAAGUGUCAGAUGACGUGUGACCCAGGGACUUAUUACAACGGCCACAGAAGGACUUGUGAGCCCUGCCAUCGGGCCUGUGCCACCUGCGCAGGCACAGGUAUAGAGGCAUGCACUAAGUGUGCAGACAGCUACUUACUCGAGGACUGGCGGUGCGUGUCAACAUGCAGCACUGGCUACUACCUGUCAGAGCAGAACGCAGACAAUGGGCAGGUGCAGAGGUCCUGUAAGAAGUGUGACCAUAGCUGCUACGAGUGCUUGGGGCCCGGUGAAAGAAACUGCAGCAGCUGUGUCAGUGGUUACAAUCUGGAGGCAGGAGCCUGCGUGGUCAGCACCAUCUGCAAAGAUGGACAGUACAUGAGUCCACAUGGAAAGUGCCACUUGUGUGACGCUACUUGUAUGCAGUGUAAAGGUCCAGAGAGAGAGGACUGCACCAGCUGCCCCCCAGCACGGUUCUUUGACGAUGGCCGCUGCGACAUCCGCUGCCGGGCAGGGCGUUACGCGAUGGGGAGACAAUGUCACCUCUGUCACCACACCUGCCACGAGUGCACAGACGAGGGGCCCGACAGCUGCACCAGCUGUGACACAGAUAAAUUUCACGAGGCCAGGUACCUGUUUAAGGGUCAGUGUCGGGAAGUCUGUCCAGAGGGGUUCUUCCACUCUGCUUGGAAGCGGUGUGAACCCUGUGUUGCUGACUGCAUCAUCUGCACAGAAAAAGAUCACUGCCUCCGCUGCAGCCCAGGACACAAGUUCAAAAACGGCAAGUGCGUUCCGCUGGAGUGCAGUACAGGUAAGGUUGCCAAUGCAAAGAAUGAGGACUGUCUCCCCUGUGAUGAGGGCUGCGAGCAAUGUCAACACAAGGAUUCAGCACAUCAUGAUCAGGGAACUGUCUGCCUCAAAUGUGAAGAUGGUUACUAUAAGUUGGGCACAGACUGUCAUCAGUCCUGCCCAGAUCGGACCUACAGCGUGAAUGGCAGCAUGGUGUGUGAGCCGUGUGAAGACAAACGAUGUGUGAACUGUGACCAGUCCCAGUGCUACUGGUGCGAAGAGCGAUUCUACGUCUCUGAUGGAUCGUGUGUGGAUCACUGUAAGGAAGGUUUCUUUGUGGAUAAGGAGAGCCAGGACUGUGAGCCAUGUCACCGUGCCUGUCGUACCUGCGGAGGGCCACAAUAUGACGACUGUGACUCCUGCGAGGAAGGAUUCACACUGAAGAACGGGGAGUGUUUGGAGGACAAACAGCUUGCCUGUCCCGAGAAACAAUUCAGAAACAAUCUGGGGAAAUGUGAGGCAUGCCACUUCACUUGUAAGACUUGCUCUGGUACGAAGGAGUGCAGCAGUUGUUACCCAGGUCGUUUUCUGACCCCACAAUACUCCUGCUUAUCUCGUUGUUCACCUGGCACGUUUGCCAACAAAAUGUCCGGCAGGUGUGAGGACUGCUCAGAAGGUUGUGUCAUGUGCCAGGACGCCCAGCAGUGCCAGCGCUGUCGCGAUUGGCUUUACCUGCACAAUGGAGCAUGUGUGGAGGAGUGUCCGAGAGGGAUUCCUCAAGGUAGCGUAUGCCAGCCGUGUGCCUCGGAGUGUGCAUCCUGCCAGAAAACUACCUCCCACUGUUUGAGCUGUGAGAAACAUUACUUGCUGCUGGACCACUCCUGCAGGGAACGCUGUCCAGAGAGUUACUACGCCACCGAGAGGGAAUGCCUUCGCUGCCCUGAUAACUGUAGAGAGUGCAAUAAAGAUGGUCUGUGUAAGAAGUGUGCAGACUACUUCUUCCUCCAUGACGAUAAGUGUGUGGAUGAUUGCCCUACUGGCUACUUUGCCAGUGAGAAGCAACAGGAGUGCGAGCGUUGCCAUGCUGAUUGCGCUUCGUGUGACGGACCGGACAUUGAUGACUGUCUUGAAUGUCGCAACAAGAAAGCUGUCCGUCACAACGGAGAGUGUCUAGCUGAGUGUCUCAGCUACACUUACCAUGAUAAAACUACCAAUGAAUGCAGAAAUUGUGACAAGUCAUGUCUGACCUGCUCAGGCCCUGAGCCCUCAUCCUGCCUCAGCUGUGAUAAGAGCAGGACUAAAGAUGCCACUGGCCACUGUGUGUGGUUCAGUGCGUGCCCUCUGACCUCAUACAUGGACCAGGAUGGCGAGUGCCAAAAGUGCCACAAACUCUGCCAUCGCUGUUCUGGACCGGGCAAAGACCACUGCCUCAGCUGCAAAGAACAACACUUCUUACUGAACAACACAUGUGUGCAGGAGUGUCCUGUGGGUUACUACACUGAGGACAAGGACGAACGUGUGUGUGAGCGCUGUCACUUCACCUGUAAGUCGUGUACCGGCCGUCACAGCGUGCAGUGUGACGUCUGUAAACUCGGAUUCUUCAGGCAGGGAAGCAGCUGUGUCGAAACCUGUUUAGAGAGUCACUAUGGCAACUUCAGCAACAUGGCUUGCGAGCGCUGUGACCCCUCUUGUAGCAAGUGUUGGGGUCCUAGUAACAGAAAUUGUCGGAGCUGUCGGGAUGGGUACGUCUACCUGAGGCAUUCGGGACAGUGCCUGCGGAGCUGCCCUUCAGGCUACUACCAUGACAGCUGGUCCAAGACCUGUCACAGGUGUCACCCCACCUGCAAGACCUGCAACAGAGAGGGCGCUCUGGCCUGCCAGUCUUGUCAUGAAGGUUACACGUUUAUGAGAGGCAUCUGUGAAUCCAAGUGUCUCCUAGGCUUCUAUGCAGCUUCACAGAGCGACGAACCAAACUGCAAGGCGUGUGACCCGUCCUGCCUGGACUGCCGAGGUCCCAGCAUGUGGAACUGCACAGUGUGCCCCGCUCUCCAGAUCCUGAAUGAUGACGGCCGCUGCUUGAGCUGUUGUGGAAAAGAAACGCACCAGGAUGAUAAGCCGAUAGCCAGGGAGUGCUGUGACUGCCAGGCCUCACUAGAGGAGUGUGUCUUGGAUGUCAACUUUGUGUUGCGAGGAGCUGAAGAGUUGGAGGUUCAAGGCAGCUCUGCCAAACGCUUCAUCACUUUCUGCAUUCUACUCAUUCUCUCCAUGGGUGGAGGAGUCUUCCUCUUCCUCCAAUCUCGACCGUAUAAAUCACUCGCCAUCCCUGGCAUGCCCAAAACCAAAGCUGGAGGCUAUGAGAAACUGGACAGCAACGGAGGAGUCGGCUCACAACCCGACACCUCCCCGUUUGGGGAGUACAGCGACCGAAUCAUUGAAUGUGAGGAUGAUGAAGGAGAAGAAGAUGAUGAUAUUGUGUACAUGUCAGAAGAUGGGACAGUGUAUCGGAAGUUCAAGUACGGACUCUUGGAUGAUGAUGAGAUUGAGCUAGAGUAUGAUGAUGAGAGCUUCUUAUACAAAUGAAACAAGAUGAAGAACAACAUACUUUAGCUGCACUGACAUAGAUUUUCCUUACAUAUCAUUGCAAUCUAAAUAUGUUAAUGCAUGAUGUAAUUACGUUUUGAAAAGUCAAAUCAAGCACACACUUUUUCAGACUAAAACCAUUUUUAAUCAGGAACUAAUUUGAGUCAUACCAGCUAGUCAGCAGCUAUUAUGUUGAUGUAAAUGUUCAUUUGUCAAUCAUCUUUAUUUUUUGUAGGACAGAUAUCACCAUCAGGAUAAAUACUAUUCUGUGGUUGUUGUUUUUUUUAACAUGGCUGCAACUGAAAGAAAAAUAAUUAUGGGCAAAACCAAUGUUGUGCAUUAAAGUCUGAAACUUGAACAUCAUCAUAUAAUUAACUUUUUCCUGUAAAACUAUCUUAACUCUUAGCAUGUUUCAAGCCAUAUUAUUGGCACUAAUCAGAUCUUCUAUGUUUGCCUUAAAAACAACACAAGAGUGAAACUACUAGACACAUCUAAUCAUAUUUGUGAUGGUUGUUUCCAAUACAUCCAGAUUCUUUUUUGGAAGAUUUGGAUUUUUGAGUAUACUUGUGUAAAUCUAGCAUAGGGAUACCAAUUUCUUGCUGGUGUCAGUGAAAAGUUGGGCUAUGACUAUGCAGCAAACCUACAUAGGUGCACCUCAACCUACAGUAGGUUCAGUUUUCUUAGUAAGUCAUUGUGAAUGUCAUCUGAAAUUCUUGGCGAUACAGCUGCUGGGUCAAUCUGAAAAUGAGUUGUCUUACUUCUGCUCCUGUUUACUUCACAACUCUGCUUUUGGUUUACUGUUCUGUUAUGCAGCAUAUUCCUUUAAUCAUUUUUGUCUAAUCCACAUUUCUAUAAGCGUUUAUUUUUGAGACAAAACCCUCAGUGGAAGGUGUGAAUGUGCUGAAAAUCAUAUUCAUUCUCAUGUGUUGUUUACAUUUUCUAGAGUAAAUCAUUUCAUUUGGAGCAAACCUUGUCUGUUUACAACAUGAGACAAUGAACAGAAGACUUUGUCAAUAAAACUUUGAUUAUUCUGAAACAAAACUCCCCCACAAACAUAUCAAACACAUAAAACUAAAUUUCUUUACAUUUAAUUAUUCAUUUUUAGCUUAUAUUAUUGAUUAACAUAUAAUAAUGCAAUAUACUUCCACUGUAUCUGCAUCAUCUGCUUUUAAGCACUUAAUUGCUCUGGUAACAUUACAGUUCAGUGCUGCUGUGUUUUAUUGUAUCGUUUAAGUUUUAACUGUACUGUGUAUCACACUUCAUCUAAAAAUUCAAAGCAAAAUUUCUUCUGAAGUACAAUCUGAUCUGUGAACCUGCGUGUUAAAGUUUGGACUUUUUCAGGUUAGUUUACAGAGAGUGUACUCAGUGUUUUCCUGUUUUUAGACCACAGUGAAAUGCUUAGAUACUUGUGUCCAGACCUCUACUUACGACACAGCAGAAAGUUGCAGAAUAGUUCCUUAAAAUAUUUGCUACUUUAAUGUUUUGAUUUCAGAGUUGCACAUCUGGCUUGUGUUGAGAUAAGAACACUUCCUUUCCUACUCACUGGAAAGUGUGAAGUCCAAUCAAUUUGCAUUUUUCUGUAUACUUGCCUGAAGUGAAAUGUACUGUGAAUGUUUCCUAAUAAAGUUGGAUUUUGAUCUGUG